AUGGCCGUCAUCAACAUUGCCUUUACUUCCCCAAUCAAUGCACCAGACGCUUCGCCCAUCCUUACUCAGGAACAAGUCUGGACUGGACUCAAGCGCAAAGUUCGCCGCGCUUAUGAAUUCGUCCCUGUCAUUACCGCCUGCGAGGUGAUAUCCGAGGAGGGUCCCGAAGAUGGCUACAAAGUAGUGCGACGAGCCACCUUUGCGCCUGGCAUCCGAGAAGUCGAUACAGCCGUAGAGACCUGCAUUCAUUACCCGCCGAAUCGUGUCGAUUUCCAUCAGGAGGAUGGAAGCCACGUCGCCAAUAUUGUGAGCAAGGGCCCCGAUGGGGAGCUGCUCAUGACGUACUCUUUCGGAUGGCGACAUCCAGAUAUCGCACAGGACAGUGAAGAGGCUCAUAAAAUAGAGGAGAAUUAUUGGAAGAUAGCUGUUGAAGGGAGCAUCAACACCAUCCGCCGGCUUGUUACAGAGGGAGAGAUAUAA